AUGGAGGUCGACCCACCCCCCUUGGAUGAGCCAGUGGAGAUCUUUUCUGACUCCUCUGGCCCAGCUGAGGGGGGUGACCCAGUCGCGGACGACACGGCGGCCAUUCGCCGCUCUCCACGCUUGGAGACCCCCCCGGGUUUUCCGCCUCGACCGUCUUCGCCGCCUCCGCAGCCUGCUGCUGUGGACUCUGGAGCUGAGACUACAGGUGCUGAGACUGGGGGUGAUGAGACAGAGGGUGAGGGUUCUGGGGGUGUUGUGCCUGGGGGUGCUGGUUCUGGGGGUGCUGCGACUGGGGGUGCUGGUUCUGGGGGUGCUGACUCUUGGGGUGCUGCGAGUCCUAGUGGCGGUGGAGUUGUGGGUGACCCUGUUGGAGGUCCUGGAGCUGGAGGUACUAGAGGUGCUGCUGGUGCUGGAGGUACUGGAGCUACUAGGCCUGGAGGUACUGCUGGAGGUUCUGGAGGUGCUACUGGUGCUGGAGGUGCUGGAGGUACUGCUGGUGUUGGAGGUACUGGAGCUGCUGAUGCUGGAGGUACUGCUGGUACUGGAGGUGCUGGGGGUACUCGAGCUGCUGGCACAGGAGGUGCUGGUGCUACUGGUGCUGGAGCUGCGGGAGCUGCUGGUCCUGGAGGUGCUCGUACUAGAGGUACGGGAGCUGCCGGAGCUGGUGGUGCUGCUCGUGUUGGAGGUGCUACUGGAGCUACUGACCCUGGAGGUGCUGGUGCUGCUGCUGCUGGAGGCGCUGGAGCUGGAGGUACUGGAGGUGCUGGAGCUGCUGGUCCUGGAGGUGCUCGUACUAGAGGUGCUGGAGCUGCCGGAGCAGGUGGUGCUGCUGGUGCUGGAGGUACUGCUGGUGCUGGAGGCGCUGGAGCUGGAGCUGGAGGUACUGGAGGUGCUGGAGCUGCUGGUCCUGGAGGUGCUCGUACUAGAGGUGCUGGAGCUGCCGGAGCAGGUGGUACUACUGGUGUUGGAGGUACUGGAGGUGCUACUGGAGGUGCUGGCACUGGAGGUGCUGGAGGUACUGCUGGUGCUAGAGGUGCUGGCGCUGCCGGAGCUCGUGGUGCUGCUGGUGCUGGAGUUGCUGGAGGUGCUAGAGGUGCUGGUGCUACUGGUGCUGGAGGUGCUGCUGGGAGUGCUGGUGGAGCUGCUCGUGCUGGAGGUACGGGAGCUGCUGGUGCUCUUCGCCACCUUCUCAGUCUUCCGCCAGGUGCUACUGAAUUCCCUGUGGCAGGUACUACUCCUCCGUUACUGUUUCCACCGGCAGACCAGUCACAGUCGCAGUUGCUACCGCACUCCCCACUACCUGCUCCUGCUCCCUACACUGCGGUGACACAGUCCCUGACUGAGCAUCGAGAGCCUGAGACUCGUGCUUCCACCCCUGAGCGUCGAGAGCCUGAGUCCAGCUUUGACCUUGAGCCCGAGCCUAGAGCUGCUGUCCGUGCUCGUGUUCCUCGUGUUCGUCGUCAGCGUGCUCUGGCUGUCCCAGGCACUCACGAUAUGACACUCCGUCCUUCCUCUGUUCCACAGCGUGUUGUCCUGCCGUUACCUCCUGCGUCCUCUCUUCCUGGCGUUGCUGACCCUCCGUCUGACCUUGCUCGUGCGUCCAGUAUGGCUGUUACUCGCUUUCUUGCUACGGUGGUGACUGACCCUUCGAUCUCGUCUCCUGCUGCGUCUGCCUUAGUCGCUGAGCUCGUUGACUUUGCUGCUGUGUACCGCCUCGACUACCUUACGAGUCUUGUUUCUGACCCUGUCCCUGCCUGUCCUCCGUCCGUCGGGGGUGAGACUGCCCAUUGCUGUACUGCCAUUAGCUGUGACGUUCUUGAGGACAGACAGGAGGAGCUGGAGUGCCUUGCGGCCGCUGCACCCCAUCCCGCGACCAUGCUGCUUGCCCCUGAGGGAGACCCGGAUGCACUUGACAUCCCCACCCCGCGCUCUUACAGAGAGGCGAUUUCGGGUGAGUACUGCUCUCAGUGGCAGACAGCCAUGGACGCAGAGAUGGCUUCCUGGAAGUCCACAGGCACCUACGUCGACGAGGUUCCCCCACCUGGGGCGAACAUCGUCAGUGGCAUGUGGAUUUUCAGGGUGAAGCGGCCGCCGGGUUCUCCGCCUGCCUUCAAGGCACGUUACGUUGCUCGAGGUUUUAGUCAGCGUGCGGGAGUCGACUUCUUUCAGACCUUCUCCCCCACCCCGAAGAUGACCACUCUUCGGAUGUUGCUACACGUUACAGCUCAGCGUGACUACGAGCUGCACUCCCUCGACUUCUCGACAGCUUUCUUGCAGGGUAGCCUUCACGAGGCUAUCUGGUUGCGCCGUCCAGAGUGCUUCACUGGGUCGUUUCCUGAGGGUACCCAGUGGAGCCUACGGCGACCAGUGUACGGCCUGCGUCAGGCGCCCCGCGAGUGGCACGACACACUGAGGACGACACUUGCGGCUCUUGGGUUUGCUCCUUCGAGUGCUGACCCGUCGCUUUUUCUACGCACCGACACUACUCUGCCGGCGUUCUACAUCCUCGUGUACGUCGACGAUUUAGUUUUUGCUACUGCUGACACUGAGGCACUGGCCCUAGUGAAGGCGGAGCUGCAGGAGAGACACACCUGCACUGACCUGGGUGAGCUGCAGAGCUAUCUUGGCUUGCAGAUCACCCGGGACAGAGCACGGCGCACCAUCACCCUCACUCAGUCACACAUGGUGCACCAGGACCUUCAGCGCUUCAGCUUCACGUGGUCCUCGCCACAGCCCACUCCUCUGUCUACCGGCCACUCGCUCUCAGCUCCACCUUCGGACGAGUCCGUAGAGCCGAGUGGUCCGUACGCAGAGCUUGUGGGUUGCCUCAUGUACCUGAUGACGUGCACACGACCUGACCUCGCGUACCCUCUCAGCCUCCUGGCUCGCUACGUGGCACCCGGUAGACACCGAAAGGUGCACUUUGAUGCUGCGAACAGGUGUAUUGCGUUACUUGUGCAGUACAUCGGGCAUGGGGCUCGUGCUUGGAGGACGGAGUUCAGUGGUACUCACAGGACACUCUGA